UCAUAUCAAUCUUUAAUUAGGUUAAUCAAAAUAUCUUGCCGAUAUCAUAAUUCCAGAAAUGCAAGUUAACAAUGAGUGUAUGAAUUGAUUUCGAUAAAUUGUGGUGCAGUAAUUAUUCCGUAUUAUUCAAAUUCCAAAAUGAUUUGGUUCAGUAUGAAACCUAAGCUAUUUAUUUUAUUACUUUUCACCCUGGUAAAUUUUGCUAUCACAUCAAAUUUUGAUGAUGUGUCUGAUAACGACUUUGCUGAGUUCGAGAAUUUUGAAACCGAGGACGAAGUGAUUGUUGAAAACGAAGAGCCGGUAGUUGAAAUAUCUAUAGAGAAAUUAAAGGAUACAACUUUCCUCGAAGAAGAUGAUCAGGAAGCAGUGGUUGAUAAUGAUGAGUCAGAAUUCGAACAUUUCCACGAUGUUGAAGAAUUUGAAGGAUUCGAGGAUGUAAAGGAGGAAAAAGUAGCUGCGACAGAACCAAAAAUUACAAUUACCAAUGUGCCAAUACACUUGAGAGCCAACUGGGACAGUUAUUGGUUGGAGAUCUUAAUGAUUGCCGGAUUGGUAGUAUAUUUCAUCAAUUUUGCUAUGGGAAAAAGCAAGAACAACAAAAUAGCUAAUGUUUGGCUGCAGACACAUAGGAAUAUUCUUGAAGAUAAUUUUUCAUUAGUUGGAGAUGAUCCUUCGUCUCUUGAAAGAGGGGAACAACCUGGUUUCAUCAAAGAAAGUGAGAAUAUUUUCACAUUAUGGUGUAGUGGUAGAACAUGUUGUGAAGGAAUGUUGGUUGAACUUAAACUCAUCAAAAGGCAAGAUCUGGUUGCCAUUACCGCUGGUAUCAUCAGACCUACAAUAGACCAAAUCCAUAUUAAAGUGACAAUGAACAAAGAAGACAUGGACAGUUUUGUAUUUUGUGUAGCCUCUAAGAAAACAGCUUUGCACCUAUCGAAAGAAAUGGCAGACAUCAGUGUGUUCUGUCCUGAACGUAGAGUAGGAGAAAAGUUUAACAUACCAUCUAAUUUCAAUGUCAUGAGCGAAAUCUCAGAAGCCACUUCUUCCAUGCUAGAUUCUAAGAUAACGGCUGUAUUGAACAAAUAUGGGGACAUGGUGGAUUAUAUUCACUUUUCCGACCAAUUUACUGGUCCCAAACAGACUGAAGAGAACGCUUCUCUCAAGUUGCCUGAUACAGAGAAGGUAUUAUUAUUUGGUUUCAAUUUGAAACUGAAAGGAAAAUCAUUGGAGACUGCAAUGAAGGAGCUUGAACCUCUGAUGGUCAUGGUUUUCUAUUGUAUAGAAAAAAUUAAGAGAUAUAGACUUUCUAAGGAAGGUAAAAUAAAGGCUGAUAAGAACCGUCAACGUGUCGAAGAAAUAUUCCUAAAGUCCACUCAUCAGGCAAGAGCUGAAGCAGCGGCAGCUAAAAGAGAAGAAAAACGUAGGUUGGAAAAAGAGAGAAUAAUGGCUGAAGAAGAUCCUGAACGCCAAAGACGUUGGGAAGAGAAAGAAAAUAAACGUCAGGCUAAGAAACGAGCUCCAAAGAUGAAACAAUUAAAAGUGAAAGCAAUGUAAAAAAUUCGUCAGUAAUUUUUUUUUUAAAUCGAAUAGGAAUGGAAUGUUUGUUUUAUUUGUUCUUAACGGAAAGGGAUUAUUGAAUGUAGAGGAUUAAAAUGUGUUUGAGAUGUUCAGGGAUCAUGUAAUUAAAGCAAUCAGUAUACUUAA